GGGGGGCGGUGAUGGAGAGAGGGAUGUGAGCCGGAGUUUGUCUGUGAGGCGGCGGUGGCUGAGUCUGAGUCUGAUCAGCGCCAGGGCACCACCGGCUUAAUUUUAAUUUAAUUCUGAGGCGGGUGGGCGGGAGUAGAGGUGGGGGGGUUUAUUUCCCCCGGGUGUCGGGUCGCUCGGCGGCCACUGCCGGGUCCGGCCGCUGUGUGGGGAUGUCGGAGCCGCCGCUUCUCAGUCAGUUCGUGAAAAUAACCGGGAGGCCGCAGGCUGGGCCGCCAGGCUCUAAGAAGAAGGUCAGAUGGUUUCCCGUUAGGAGACUCUUCGCCCAACCCUGCCCCAGUCUCAGGAUCCCUUACAGGUUUUUAAAGACAGGCUUCUCUUCUCCACCUGCUCGAAGUGGACAUCGUUGUGUUGCUGAUAAUUCAAGCCUUUAUGUGUUUGGAGGUUAUAACCCUGACUACGAGGAGUCAGGAGGACCGGGUAAUGAAGACUAUCCACUUUUCCGUGAACUCUGGCGAUACCAUUUUGCCUCUGGCACCUGGCAACAAGUGGGUACAGAGGGGUUCAUGCCCAGGGAACUUGCAUCUAUGUCAGUUGUUUUACAUGGUAAUAACUUGCUGGUAUUUGGAGGCACUGGUGUGCCUUUCGGUGAGAGCAGUGGGAAUGAUGUCCAUGUGUGCAACAUUAACUAUAAGCGAUGGGCACUACUCAACUGUCGAGGGAAGAAACCGAACCGCAUAUAUGGGCAGGCGAUGGUGAUCAUAAAUGGAUACCUUUAUAUAUUUGGUGGGACGACUGGUUAUGUUUACAAUACGGAUUUGCACCGCUUAGAUCUUACAGCUCGGGAAUGGAUACAACUAAAACCAAAUAACCCUCCCAGUGAUUUACCUGAAGAAAGGUACCGACAUGAAAUCGCUCAUGAUGGGCAAAGGAUAUACAUAUUAGGAGGGGGAACAUCAUGGACGACGUAUCCACUGGAUAAGAUACAUGCCUAUAACCUGGAGACUAAUACAUGGGAGGAAAUGCAAACAAAACCACAGGACAGAACAGGUUUUCCUGCAGCCAGAAGGUGUCAUAGCUGUGUACAAAUUGGGCAUGAUGUUUAUGUGUGUGGUGGAUAUAACGGUGAGAUAAUACUUGGGGACCUCUGGAAGCUCAAUUUACAGACUUUGCAAUGGACAAAGUUGCCUGCAGAAAUGCCAGAGCCUGCCUACUUCCACUGUGCAGCUGUAACCCCGGCUGGCUGCAUGUAUGUACAUGGUGGAGUAGUUAACAUCCAUGAGAACAAACGGACUGAUUCACUCUACAAAAUCUGGCUGGUGGUGCCCAGCCUCUUUGAACUUUGUUGGGAGAGGCUGCUGAAGAGUCUCCCACACUUAACACAGUUCUCCACUACACAGCUACUCAAUCUUGGACUCACACAAGGACUGGUGGAGAGAUUGAAGUGACUGCCAGAGUGAAGGAGGUAGAAAGAGAGACAUAAACAGACAUGGAUUCUGCAAUAUGGAUGAUGGGCAGUGUUGGAGGAAGCUGCUGGGAAGAAUACUCCCCAAGGCCUUAUCUGCCAUAAGUGUUCAAUGUCUUGGUUACUUUUUGUUUUGAAAAGACCUCCUGUCCUUUUGCUAGCAUUGUGUCAUGGACUGACCCCCACACCACCCACCACCUCUCAAAGACAAGUAGAGCCUACUUUGUGAUUUUUUUUUUAAAUUUUAAAAACUUGUGCCCUCUGUGGGCUUGCCCUGACACUGGAGUAGUUCCAGUUGAGAGAUACAGGUCGGGCUGUUUCCAGACUUUGUCUUAUUAGCUCCCAACACCCUCAUGUCUUAAUGGUUUUUUGGUCAGUUUUUAAAGUCCCAAGUUAAUUCAAUAUUAAAAAGGUAGUUUCUUCCCCCUCCCACAAGCUGCAUUCCAUGAAUCGUAGAUUUUGGCAAGACUGAUGAUCUCAUGGGAAACAAUUGCCUUUUUUUCCUCUCUUUCUUCCU